GUCACACUUGUUGCGCUUCUGAUGGACAGAUUACGUGAGCUAAGAAUAGACUGCACAAUACCAAACACGGUAAGACCACAGUUUGGAACGUUUGUGGGAUCGUUCUACCGCGGAAUCCCUCACCCCCACUACGCCUAACACCCAUCAUGCCCACACACCUCACAACCCGCCCAGAAUACUCCCUCUUAAUCGACAAUAUGACACAUGGAUGUUUGACUGCGACGGCGUAUUAUGGCAUGGCGAUCGCUUAAUCGAAGGGGCCGUAGAGGUUUUGGAGAUCCUUCGGAAGCGAGGAAAGCGAAUUCUUUUCGUCACCAAUAACGCUAGCAAGUCGAGGAAGAGUUAUAAAGCCAAGUUUGAUCACUUGGGCGUAGAAGCAAGUGUGGAAGAGAUAUAUGGAUCAGCAUAUGCUUCCGCCGUUUACAUAUCUUCCGUCAUGAAACUUCCAAAAGAUAAGAAGGUGUAUGUGAUCGGGAUGGCAGGCAUCGAAGAGGAGCUGAGAGAAGAGGGCGUUUCUUUCAUUGGUGGAACGGACCCAGCAGACUGCACCCUCGAACCAUUCUCCCUCUCAUCUUUCUCCCUCGACCCAGACGUCCAAGCCGUCCUCUGCGGCUUAGACCUCAGCGUGAACUAUACCAAACUAUCAAAAGCAUUCCAAUACCUCACACGAAACCCUGGCUGUCAAUUCCUAGUCACCAACGAAGACAGCACGUUCCCAAGCGCUAAUGGUCUCUUACCUGGAGCAGGAGCUAUCAGCGCUCCAUUACGCUUUGCACUGGAGAGAGAUCCAAUUAGUAUUGGGAAGCCUGCGAAGACGAUGUUGGAUUGUAUUCAAGCCAAAGUGAAAUUCGAUCCGGAACGCACGAUAAUGGUUGGGGAUCGGUUGAACACUGAUAUUCUGUUCGGACAAGCUGGGGGUCUGGCAACGCUCCUUGUUCUGACGGGCAUCACGUCGAAGCAAGAUAUCACUGGCGCAAACGCUUCACCAAUAGUACCCGACUACGUCACACAGUCUAUCGGAGACCUUCGUGUUGUCGAUGGACAAUAGGUCUAGUCUUCCUCAUGCUCACCCGCGUAGAAAGGGCUGGUCCCACAUGGGAAAUUGAUACAUAUCUAGAACACAUUUUGAAUAGAAGGAACUGGAACUGGAAUCGAUGCCUCAGAGAGAUCCGAUUACAUAGCUAGCGAUUCCUCGAAGAGAAGCGU